CUGGGCUGCGGCUGGGAUGAUGAACUGCCACCGAAACUUCAUCCGGCGUGGCAUCAGUGGAAAACAGUACUGCUACACAUUUCGAGUAUUGAAAUAUCCCGAUGUUAUUCUCGUCUACUCCAAGACGCAUCAAAUAUACAAAUCCAUACAUUUGUAGACGCCAGUGAAGCCGCGUAUGCCGCCGCUUGUUACCUACGCGUUCAGUGUGGUGAUGACGUUACAGUUUCACUCGUCGCGGCCAAGUCGAAGGUCGCACCACUCAAGCCGUUAUCUAUACCCAGGCUCGAACUCCAGGCCGCCGUGAUCGGUGCUCGACUUACACAGAAGGUCAAGGGCACCCGCAAUUUAACUACACACAGCUGUUUUUAUUGGUCAGACUCGAAAACAGUUCUGCGAUGGCUGAAAAUGGACCCACGAGGAUUCAAUCAAUAUGUUAUGCAUCGUAUUGGAGAACUGCUCGAAACUACAGAUGCCGGCCAAUGGCGGUGGGUACCUUCAAAAUCCAAUGCAGCGGACCUUUCCACAAAAAUUCACAAAAAAAUUGAUAGCCAAAUGUGGCUCUGUGG